GCGUGCUGUGGACAGGCAGCGAGCGCCAUCACGUACGACCAGCUGCAGAAUAUGAGCUACAACGAGGUGAGAGGUACCGGCCUGGCCGCCGUGUGCCCGCUGAUCGAGGAGGGCUCCACCAACCUGGCCGACCUCAAGCCUGGUACCUAUAAGCUGAAGAACCUGUGCUUGGAGCCCACAAAGAUACAGGUCCAGGAGGAAGGACUGACGAAGGGGUCAGGCCCCCAGUGGUCUAACACCAAACUGCUCACCCGUCAGACCACCAACCUGAGCGAUAUCGAGGCGGAUCUGAAGGUGGGCCCCAACGGCGCAGUUGUGCUGAAGGAGAGUGACUCCUACUCCCUGAAUUUGGCCCCCAUCACUGUGCAGCUGCCCGGCGGCGAGCGCGUUCCCUUCCUCUUCACCAUCAAGGCACGCCCACACCACAACACUUUCGGAUAUUAUAGUUCCUCUUCUCACAUGCCACUUGAGCUGGAGGCGUCUGGGGACCUCAGCAGCUUUGGCGGCCAGAUCCGGGUGCCCUCCUAUCGCGGCUCCACCUUCCUGGACCCCAAGGGGCGCGGCGGCUCGACCGGCUACGACACCGCCCAUGCGCUGCACACUCGCGCGGACGACGAAGCGCUGGAGAGUGAGAAUCUGAAGAAAUUCGACUCUGGCAUUGGCCAGGUCGUCUUCAGCGUUGCCAAGGUGGAUCCUGGCACCGGGGAGGUGGCUGGUGUCUUUGAGUCGGUGCAGCCGUCAGACACUGAUAUGGGCGCCAAGGUUCCCAAGCAGGUCAAGGUGCAGGGCCUGUGGUAUGGCCAGCUCGGCUGA